UGACAUAUUUAUAGAAAACUUAAGAAUUCUAGUGUCAUUAGCUUACUAUAAUAUUAAUUUAAUCUUUUCCCUGUUUGUUUCUUGUAGUCCUAGGGAUAUCACUUCGGGUUCUAAUGGCUGGAAUCUUUUUAUUUGUUCUUGCCAAAUUUGCACUUGGAGCUCCAUGCAUCAUUAUCUUCUGCAUAUAUAAAUGGAGACGAAGGCAUUUAUCCAUAUAUGAUAAUAUCGAAGAUUUUCUGCAAAGUGACAAUAACAUUAUGCCAAUUAGAUACUCCUACAAAGAAAUCAAGAACAUAACUGAAAAGUUCAAGACUAAACUAGGAAAUGGAGGCUAUGGCUCUGUCUUCCAAGGAAAACUUCGAAGCGGUCGUCUAGCAGCUGUUAAGGUAUUGAAUGAGGCCAAAUCCAAUGGCCAAGAAUUCAUCAAUGAAGUUGCUACUAUUGGAAGAAUUCACCAUGUUAAUGUGGUGCAACUCAUUGGUUUCUGUGUGGAGGGAUCAAAGCGUUGUUUGGUAUAUGAGUUAAUGCAGAAUGGCUCUUUAGAAAAAUACAUAUUUUCACCUCAAGACAGUGCUUCCUUAAGUUGUGAAAAACUCUAUACCAUUUCCCUUGGAGUGGCACGUGGUAUUGAAUACUUGCAUAAUGGGUGUGACAUGAAAAUUCUGCACUUUGACAUCAAGCCUCACAACAUUCUUUUGAAUGAAAACUUCAAUCCAAAAGUCUCUGACUUUGGACUUGCAAGGCUAUCUCCCACUGAUAAAAGCAUUGUGUCUCUGACUGCAGCAAGAGGAACCAUAGGGUAUAUGGCUCCUGAGCUCUUCUACAGAAAUGUUGGCGCAAUCUCGUACAAAGCCGAUGUCUAUAGCUUUGGGAUGUUGUUAAUGGAGAUGGCUAGUAGAAGGAAGAAUUUGAAUGCACUGAAUGAAAAUUCCAGCCAGAUAUAUUUUCCCUUUUGGGUUUAUGAUGAAUUGCAGGAUGGAAGGGAAAUAACAAUAGAAAAUGACACAGAUGAAGAGAUGAAGUUGGCUAAAAGAAUGAUGAUUGUGGCAUUGUGGUGUAUACAGACAAAGCCUAAUGAUCGACCUUCAAUGAAGAAAGUUGUGGAGAUACUUGAACAAGACGAUGACUUAGAAAUGCCUCCAAAACCAUACUUCUACCCACUUAAUGCACCCAGAGAAGAGAAUGUUGAACAUACCACAACUCAUAGCAGUUCAUCACUUUCCUCUGACAUGUCGUCAGUUAGUGAUUCAAAGGAAUAGAAAUAAUCGGUUUGGACUCUACUUUGAUAUAAUGUUGCAUGCUCUGUACCUAGUUAGCUUAUGUCUUUGGCUAUGUUGUGUAUGUUAGUAUUUCUGAUGUAU